CCAAAGAACGUGGGAAAAACCUGACAGCGCUACUGAGCCAAUCCCGGAUGGAGAGAGGCGGGAAAGGAAGGGGGAGCCUGAUCUAGCCGUUUGGUUGAAUGAGAGUACAAAGACUAUUUGGAAAGGUGGACCGCUGGUACAGCUGCUGCCGGUGGGAGUGUGUGGUCUGCAGAGAUGUGCUGCAUGUCUCUAUGCUCUGCAAAAUCACUGGGAAGCCUAAUCUACAGAGGUGUGUAAUAACUGGUCUGUGCGGGAGCUGGGAGUCUGUGCAGGAGCUGGGCUGCUUUGCAGGAUUUGGGAGACUGUGCAGGAUCUGGGAACACGGCUGAAUUGCUGUCGGUGCAGGGUAAUUCCAUGCUGGCCUGUUUUCUGGAGGAUUCUACAAACAGUGAGUAAAGCCAAGUUGUGGAUGUAGUUUCCAGUGUGUGAUAGAAGAAGACAAGAUUCAAGCCCCUGCUAGGUCUGAGGGAAAAUCCUGGCUGCUUUACACAUUGCUGACAUUGGGAUGCUUGGGAAAUGACCCCGUGGAUCAGCACUUCCAGUGUGAUCUCCCAGUUCAGUGCAAGAUACCCAGCAGAAAGUCCUGGCAUAUGUGAUGACCCUCAUUCCUUAUUACCUAACAUGAUGAAUCCAGAAGAAAUGUAUCUCUCUGUCAGGGGAUGUGUCUUCUGGAGCUCCAGAUGAGGUGCUCAGUCCCCCUCCUUCUCACACUGAGACUGAAUCUGACAUAUGACCAAUCGUGCUGUUUGUUUAGGGAAACCCAGCUUCACUGAGUAAUGUUAUGCUGAUAUCAACAGGAUGGCCACUGUUUUAUUGAUAUUCACCAUGAGGUCCGUGGAGAUGUCUCCUAGCAUCUCCAUGCUAAUUGAGCCCUGCAUCCAUCAUGCAUUGUUUGCAUUUGUGUAGACUAAAGAUCACAUCUGACAUUUCAUGUGGAUUGAGCUGAGCUUGAGAACUGAGGGUUAAUUCCACAGUGUUGUUAGGAAAAAACCCAAAACAUCAGGAAUAAUUCGACUCUGCGCUUUUCAUGGUUGACAAUGUAUUCCGCUGUCUGUGAUUUACAGCCUGCCACCUGCCCAGGUGUGAUGUUGCUGUCAGGUAUCCAUUCCACACUAUCAAUCAGAUUUGGUGAUGAUGAUCAAAUAAUUUUAUCACUCUCUGCUUCAAGUCUUUUAUCUGGAUUUGCCAAAUUAUUUAAUCUGUGUUAUUAGAGGAUUUGCUGUCCAGAAGGCUGAUAACGGAUUGAGCUGUGCAUAUAUUUCUACAGUGGGAUUAGGUACAUGGCAGUCAAAUAUGUUGAUAGUUUUCCCUUUGAGAUUUUUUUUGGCAUAUGUUAUGUGUUGUUUUUUUUCUAACAACAUUUGACAACAUAAGGAAAUGGAAUCAUCUAAUUGACUCCUAUGCUGGAUGAUUAACAUGAAGAUAUGUUAAUGGAAUAAUAAGAAUUGGAAAUACAAUAUUAAAAUGGAGUUGCUGUAAUAAUUUGGGAUUACGUUGUGUAUCUUAGUUCAGCGUUUUGUAAUUUUGGAUUUAAUUACAAUUCAGUGUAAAAUUACAGAUGUAACACUAUGUAAAGUCCACAACUACUACUGUAUGUGGGGACCACAACUUUUGCUGUGAGGGGACAUGUCUAGGUCAAACAGUGUGAGCCCACCAGGAUUUGGGGCUGCCAUAUUGCGAGCAGGAGCAGAGCACAGGUCUGCUUGGGGUGAAGCAGAGACCAGGGCCAAUGGGUACCCGUACUCAAGCCAGUCUUCUAGAAAGAAGACUUCCCGGAUGAUGGGGCUAUGGAGAAGUGAGGAAGACUAUGAGCCCCAGACGGGAAAGAAUUCUAUGUCAGAAAAUAAGGUUAGCUUCAGGUCCAAAUCUGCAUGGCAGGAGCAUGGAGAGGAAAGCAGGAACAACAACAAACCUGCCCAGAAACAUCCCAAAGGAGAGGUGAGGCCAAAAUCUGUGGAGCUUGGCUUGGAUGAGAAGAUGGCCAAAGUAAAAGUAGAAGGAGAAGGGGCUGAGAAUGGGUCAGAGUUUCAUUUUUCAAUUGCGGUUUGCUGCACAGACGUCCUGCAAAUAUUCCGCUCCAAGAAAUUCGAGUCGGAUAAACUUGAACGUCUCUAUCAACGCUACUUCUUUAGGCUCAACCAAAGUAGCCUUACAAUGCUUAUGUCUGUUUUGAUUUUGAUCUUUUUGGUUAUGCUCAUAUUCCACUGUCUCCAUGGGGAUUACGAGGUGCCUAAAGUUGCUGUCCUGUCUGUGGCCAUGCUGAUCAUUGUUGUGCUUAUAGCCAUCUGCAAUAGGAAUGACUUCCACCAAGACUAUAUGUGGAUAGCUUGUUACACUGUCAUCAUCGUGAUCUUUAUGGUUCAGGUAGUGUCGGUUUUUCUGGUGAGACCCCGGAGUGCCUCUGAUGGAAUAUGGUGGACCGUGUUUUUCAUCUACACCAUCUACACUUUGCUUCCAGUGCGGAUGAGGGCUGCUGUUCUCAGUGGGGUUAUAUUAUCUGCCACUCAUUUCGCCAUCUCCCUAAAGAACAACACCAGUGAUGAAUUCUUAUUUAAGCAGGUAGCAUCCAACGUCCUGAUCUUCCUGUGCACGAACAUGGUUGGUAUUUGCACACAUUAUCCGGCAGAGGUGUCGCAGAGGCAGGCAUUCCAGGAGACCAGAGAGUGCAUCCAGGCUCGACUUCAUUCCCAGAGGGAGAACCAGCAGCAGGAACGACUCCUGUUGUCUGUUUUGCCCCGCCAUGUAGCCAUGGAGAUGAAGGCCGACAUCAAUGCCAAACAAGAAGAUAUGAUGUUCCACAAAAUUUAUAUACAGAAGCAUGACAAUGUGAGCAUCCUCUUUGCGGACAUUGAGGGUUUUACCAGUCUGGCUUCUCAGUGCACAGCGCAGGAACUAGUGAUGACACUCAAUGAGCUGUUUGCCCGAUUCGACAAACUGGCGGCUGAGAACCACUGUCUGCGGAUCAAGAUUCUGGGUGACUGCUAUUACUGUGUAUCUGGCCUUCCAGAGGCCCGCGCUGACCACGCUCACUGCUGUGUGGAGAUGGGUCUGGACAUGAUAGAGGCAAUCUCGCUGGUGAGGGAAGUGACAGGGGUGAACGUUAACAUGCGAGUGGGAAUUCAUAGCGGACGUGUUCAUUGUGGUGUCCUAGGCCUGCGGAAGUGGCAGUUUGAUGUCUGGUCCAACGAUGUUACGCUGGCCAAUCAUAUGGAAGCAGGAGGAAAAGCCGGACGUAUACACAUCACAAAAGCAACUCUGAAUUAUCUGAAUGGAGAUUAUGAAGUGGAGGCAGGUGCCGGAGGGGAGCGGAAUGCAUAUCUUAAGGAGCACAACAUAGAGACCUUUCUGAUUGUGCGCUGCAGCCAGAAGCGGAAAGAAGAAAAGGCCAUGAUUGCAAAGAUGAACAGACAGAGAACAAACUCCAUUGGACAUAACCCUUCUCACUGGGGAGUGGAGCGGAAUUUCUACAACCAUCUGGGAAACAACCAAGUCUCAAAAGAAAUGAAGAGAAUGGGAUUUGAAGACCCAAAAGACAAGAACAUUCAGGAGAACAUGAACCCAGAAGAUGAGGUUGAUGAAUUUUUGGGGCGGGCUAUAGAUGCGCGAAGUAUUGACCGCCUGCGUUCAGAACAUGUGCGCAAAGUUCUGCUGACCUUCCGAGAGGCUGACCUGGAGAAAAAGUACUCCAAGCAGGUGGACGAUCGGUUUGGAGGGUAUGUCGCCUGUGCUUUCCUCGUCUUCCUCUUCAUCUGCUUUGUACAGAUCACCAUCAUACCACACUCCGUGUUUAUGCUGGGCUUCUAUGUGACAUGCUUGCUCAUCCUCUUCAUGGUGCUUAGCAUAUCGUUGAUCUACUCAUGUAUAAAGCUCUUCCCUUCUCCGCUACAGACCCUGUCCAGGAAGAUAGUACAGUCCAGGAUUAACAGCACCGCAGUCGGAGUCUUCACAAUAAUCCUCGUCUUCCUGUCUUCGUUUAUUAACAUGUUCACAUGCAGCAAUAGAAGCCUGAAAAACUGCCUCGCUGCGGAGUACAACAUCCCUCCAAAUAACGUGACCCCAUGUCUGCUAAAGAAGGCAACCCAGAAUUACAGCCUCUCAAUCGUCAGCGGAUUCUGUGGGGAUGAAGACCCCAACUGCAACUUCCCAGAAUAUUUCACCUACUGUAUUCUCCUGAGCCUCCUGGCCUGCUCCGUCUUUCUCCAGAUCAGCAGCAUCAGAAAGCUCAUCCUGAUGCUGGUCAUUGACUUUGUGUACGUCGUAAUUGUGGAAAUCCCACAGGUGGCACUGUUCGAUAAUGCAGACAUGCUCGUGACAGCCAAUGAGAUUCAACUAAAUAACUCAACAAUGAACUGCACAGACAGUGUCACUAGAGUUGCCCUGAAGAUUGCUACCCCUAUAAUCAUCACUGUGUUUGUGCUGGCCCUUUAUCUUCACGCCCAGCAAGUGGAAUCCACUGCCAGGCUGGACUUUCUGUGGAAGCUUCAGGCCACAGAGGAAAAGGAAGAGAUGGAGGAACUACAGGCCUACAACCGUCGUCUACUCCACAACAUUCUUCCGAAGGACGUAGCAGCUCACUUCCUGGCGCGAGAGAGGCGUAAUGACGAGCUGUAUUACCAGUCCUGCGAGUGUGUGGCCGUCAUGUUUGCAUCCAUCAGCAACUUCUCAGAGUUCUAUGUGGAAUUAGAAGCCAACAACGAAGGUGUGGAGUGUCUGCGGCUUCUCAAUGAGAUCAUUGCUGACUUUGAUGAGAUCAUCAGCGAAGAUGAGUUUCGGCAGUUGGAAAAGAUUAAGACCAUCGGCAGUACCUACAUGGCGGCUUCAGGACUCAAUGACACAACUUACGACAAGGCUGGAAAGUCGCAUAUCAAAGCACUAGCAGAUUUUGCAAUGAGACUGAUGGAUCAGAUGAAAUACAUCAAUGAACAUUCGUUCAACAACUUCCAGAUGAAGAUAGGACUAAACAUAGGACCAGUGGUUGCUGGUGUAAUAGGAGCUCGUAAACCUCAGUAUGAUAUUUGGGGGAACACAGUAAAUGUGGCGAGUCGCAUGGACAGCACUGGCGUCCCUGAACGAAUUCAGGUCACAGCUGAUCUCCAGCAGGUCCUGGCUGCCAGUAAUUACACCUUGGAGUGCAGAGGAGUGGUGAAGGUUAAAGGGAAAGGGGAAAUGAUGACCUAUUUUCUAAAUGAAGGACCCUCUAGCAGUUAGCACACUGAGAGACGCUUUAUUAUCACCAUGCACUGAAAUGUCCAGAAGCUAAGUCAGCAACAAACAGCCAAAACAACCGGGAUCUCUAGGAGGCUAACGGGUGAUUGACCAAAGAUUAUGCCAAAGUAGGCACACAGAAUAUCAAGCAGGUGGAGACAAUGAAGGAGGACCUGAGAAUCUAAAUAUUUAUUCAAACUACUUACUGAUUUCCUCUAUGAAGGAAGGAAAGGAAUGUAUUAUUGGUACAAGAUUGCCAGCAUUGUAAAUGGAUCGUUUGUAAAACACGUCAGUACCGUACUGUGGCCUUUUUUUGUGACCAGUAUAGACCAGCCACUGGACUCCAUAUUAAGAGCAUUUCUCUUCCAGUUUGAAAAUAUUUAUCAAUAGGAAUAUGGACACACAUUUUUUCAAUAUUUAUUACCACAAAGUGUACUGAGAUAAUUCUGGUUUCUGCCUGGUUACAUGUUAAAGUGAUCCUAUACACGCUGGAGGCCUCCAUUUUGUGUGCUGAACAAAUUUUAUCACUUCUCUAGCAACUAGUUAACUGAAUAUUGGUUUUGCCCACAAAAUGGCUUCCCCUGCACUGUGUGUAGACAACAGGUACAUUUUCCGCAUGUGCACCUGCCUCACCAGAAGAUCCGCGUCCUUUUUGUAGUUUUAUUUUGUAAUAUUUUAGUGUGGAAUUCUAGCAAAAAAACACAGAUUAUAUAUUUUGUAAAUUAUAUACAAAGGCUGGUGCCAAGUGUACAGCGCACGGAAUGGUGUAUUAUCAUUCAAUAUAGUAUGAAAUGGUCAGUCCUGUGCCAUUUUCUGCUUUCAUUUGAUAACACAGACCUGGCAGUUUUGUAAGCAACACAAUAUACAGUAUAACACGCACAUCCCCUGAUUACGACAUAUACUGAUUGAAGUGUCAUUGGGGGAAAUUCUGAGUUGAUCGCAGCAGGAACUUUGUUAGCAG